GCCUCAUGCUUGGAUCUCAGAUGCUACUCAACAUGAUUUUGCAGAUGUAAAGUGCCUUUUGAUCUUUCCAUCAUGGACUAUGCUGGCAUAUUGGAGUUCAUUUAUCUAUCAAGUUCAUGACAAACUUAGUUUGUUCUCUAAAAGAGAGAAUGAUAAGGAGUCUGGUUAAUUGUGUUCAUCGGCGUGAGGACGAGACACAAAGAUAUGCUUGGCUAUUUUUCCGGGGCAGAAGAUAGCCGUGAGGUCUUCCCGAGGAAACGGCGAAUCAAGGAAGCGAUUUGAAGUGUGCGGAAACUAAUUCGCAGGCGAAGGUGACUACAAAAGCCUUUUCUUGUAUCUCCUUCAACAUCUAGUGGUUUGUGUACUCAAGGCCAAUCACUUCAAGAAUUGGAGUUCUUCACUUAUGUUGCAUACGGAAGAAGACACAAAUGGAUGACGGCAUUUCUGAAGGCAGCUUGCUAACUAUGCACGCUAUCGUGUUGCUUCAGGAAAGCAAAUUCUUUUCUAGAAUUGUUCUUCCAUUUCCAGUGGUUGAUUUGACUGCUUCUAAUAUGAGUCAUAAGAUUUCUGGACUUAGUCUAACCACUGCCCGUCUAACUUCAGGUUCUUGUCCUUUGUGCAUCUGUUUCUGAACCACCACAGAUAAAGCAGACUUUGCUUGACCAUCUUUGACUGUUAAGCCACCAUUCUUAGGAUGGAUUACUGCAUCUUAUUGAACUAAACUGGCACUCUUCUCGGUGAAAAGCAGCAGAAGACAGAGCAAAAGUGGGGCCCCCAUGUCUGCAUGAAUAAAGUAGAGAGAGAGACCAAACCAAUAAGAAAACAGCAGCCGCAGCAGGAGAGGAGAAUAGGAGCAGAGAAGAACGGAGAGUUUUUAGAGCGCAUUAGAUUACAAUGGGUGGAGCAUGUAGAUGGAGACGAGCAGUGAAGAGGAUUGGAUUCCCUUGCGCUUCCUUCUCCGAAGAGAGACUUACCUUUCGACGGACUAAAACUAUUUCUUGCUCUGCGACCAGCACCGGCAAUGAAGGAAAAGGGGAAGAAUCAGAGGAGCCAAAAGAAGCAACAGCUGCGAAGAGCUUAUGUGCAAUAUGCUUGGAGCCGCUCAGCUUGGACGAUGGCAGCAGCGAAGCAAUCUUCACGGCCCAAUGCAUGCACGCUUUCCACUUCGCGUGUAUCGCGUCUAACGUCCGCCACGGCAGCAUCACAUGCCCCAUCUGCCGCGCGCACUGGUCCCAUCUCCCUCGCGAUUCCACCCUGCUCGCCGCCGGCUGCAGCACCGACCCCGUCCUCCGCAUCCUUGACGACUCCAUCGCCUCCUCGCGCGUCAACCGCCUGUCCUUCCUCCGUUCCACUCGCUACAACGACGACGACCCGGUGGAUCCUGACGCCCUGCACGUCCCUGGUCAUCCCCGGCUCGGCCUCGCAGUCGUUCCCGCUCCGACGCCGGCGGGCGACCACCUCGCUCUCGGGCCUCCUCCAUGCGCGCAUCUGAUGCCGUUGCACCACCGGUUUCAGCUCGCAAGCUCCCCCAGACUGGCGUUCCCGCAGCAGAAUGCUUCGCCAUACGCGCAGAGGAGGGCUUACCUCACUGUGACUCUGUCCCCUCAGCAGCCGACGGACCUUGUCCUCGUUGCCAGCCCGAACGGGCCGCAUCUGAGGCUGCUGAAGCAAUCCAUGGCGCUUGUGGUCUUCUGGCUGCGCCCCGUUGAUCGGCUGGCCAUCGUUACCUACUCCAUCACCGCCACUCGAACCUUCCCACUGAGGCGGAUGACAUCGCAAGGGAAGCGGGCCGCUUUACAGGUCAUCGAUCGCCUGAUCUACCUCGGCGAAGCUGAGCCUACAGAAGGGCUUCGGAAAGGAGUCAAGAUACUGGAAGACCGGAGGCACCACAACCCACUGUCCUGCAUCCUCCACCUCUCGGACCAUCCGAGCCGAAGCUACGUGUGCAUGGACCUGCAGUUCCCCAUCCCGGUUCACAGAUUCCACAUCGGCUUCGGGUUCGGGAUGACAAGCGGCUUUGUGAUGCAUGAGUUCGAAGAGUUCUUGGCUAGAUUGCUCGGAGGUGUGAUCAGGGAGACCCAGCUGAGGAUUGGAGACGGGGGAGGGUUGGUGAGGUUGGGGGAGCUGAGAGGUGGGGAAGAAAGGAGGAUUCCCUUGGAUUUGUUCGGCGAUUGUGGGUUCCUCACUGUCGGCUACAGCUACAUCGAAGGAGGAGCAGAGCAGAGGCUAAGAACCGGAGAAGUAGUGGUGGAGACCGGGGACAAGAGCAGAAGCGAUGGACAAUGCGAGGCUGGAGGCAGUGAUUUCAGCCUCAGAGGAAGAAGCAGGUGCGUCGAAAGCUGGGAUUACCUUGAUCCACUCAUGGCUCGACGAUGGGCGAAGCACUUGCAUGGCCACAAGGCGUGAUGACGAUUCCGCUGAGACUUCCUUGCAGCAGUUUGUGGAAGCUUUGGUAGCAGCAGGCGUACUGAUGAUGAUGUCCAGAUCUAUAUAUAGAUUGGAUGCUUAUCAUUUCAAAUCUGCAUGCUUUUCUUGGUUUCAGUCAUGAAAUCACAAUUCAGCAAAGAGUUCAUACUGUCAACCAUGGUGCUGAACUCCUCCCCAUUUGUAAGAAGAUGCUUAGUUAGAAUCAUUUGUUUCUCAUUAGUUUUACUGGUACCUACUUGUCGAUCCA